AAAGUUUUGAAAAUGAGUGUAAGCAGUUGGAAAAAAAACUAAUAAGCAGGCCUAUAACAAAUGAAAAAUUGGAUUAGAUUAGAUUCAAACUUAUGUGCACUUUUUUUUCUUAAUCAGUGCUAUUUCUAAGAAAUUAAGAAAAAAAAAAAAUUCAAAAAACACUUAUAUUUUCAAUAAUACAUUACUAGUAUUGUAUCAAAUAAGAUUAAGGGACACAUUCUUAACUGAUGCAAAUAGUACUCACAUAUAUUAGAAGUCUUUUAGGAUCUUAUGUAGGCUAUUUGUCCAAAACAACAUAUCUGUCCAUAAUCAAACUGAAGGCAUUGAUAUCCGUAUGACUUAAAAAGUUAAAACGUGCCAUUUCGUAUGAUGAAACAUGUUUAAAAACUAGGUUUUGCGCACCGUAUGUAUGAAUGUGUCUGACAUAAAAGCGGCGCGUGCCUCAGCAAGCGCGCGGACGCGCAUCAUGCUCAUCGGAGUAUAAAAGAAUGUGCGCGCGCUGCAGAGCGCACAGAGGUGCGAGUGAGAGGGACCGAUGAGAAGGCGCUCUCGCUGCCGGUUAACUAAUUAUACAUGCCCGGAAACAAAGUGCGGUUGUCACAAUGAACUUGAGAUAAAUUACAUGAAUGGAUUAGUUUCUACGUUUGUAUCAUUUCACCAUGAAAACGGACUGAGUGGAAGUCUGCCAUGGAGAGGAAUAACACCACACAAACUCUGGAGCUGGGAGAAUGUGAGCACACACUGGACCCCAGCGCAGCUCUGGACAACUGCACAGACUCUGCCAGCGGGAACCUGUCUUUACGCUGCUGGUUGCAGUUGUUGACAAAGGAGUCUAGUUCAACACUUCAAGGUGAUGGGUCUAGUUUGGCUGUGCGUGUGAUGAUCGCUCUCAUUUAUUCAGUGGUAUGCGCUCUGGGACUUGUAGGCAACUCUCUUGCGCUCUACCUGCUACACUCGCGCUACCGGCAGAAGCAGUCUUCCAUCAACUGCUUUGUGAUGGGUUUGGCUCUAACCGACCUGCAGUUCGUCCUAACCCUCCCGUUCUGGGCCGUAGACACAGCGCUGGACUUCCGCUGGCCCUUCGGCAAAGUUAUGUGCAAAAUCAUCAGCUCCGUCACCACUAUGAACAUGUACGCCAGCGUUUAUUUCCUGACCGCCAUGAGUGUGGCCAGGUACUACUCCAUCGCGUCCUCGCUGAAGAUGCACAGCCGCAGAGCAGCGGCGGCUGUGGCCAAAUGGAUCAGCUUGGGCAUCUGGGUCGUAUCCCUGAUAGCGACGCUCCCGCAUGCCGUUUAUUCCACGAUAGCCCAGGUUGCAACGGACGAGGAGCUGUGCUUGGUGCGCUUCCCAGAAACGGGAAGCUGGGACCCCCAGUUGUUGCUAGGACUGUACCAGUUGCAAAAGGUCCUGCUUGGUUUUCUGAUCCCACUGGUGGUGAUAACCGUAUGCUAUCUACUACUUCUAAGAAUCGUGCUAAGCCGCAGGAUCAGCGGCGUGGCUGGCUCCGAAAGUGAGCAGGGCAGGCACAAGCGGCGCUCAAAGGUCACUAAGUCAGUUGUGAUCGUCGUCCUGUCGUUCUUCUUGUGUUGGUUGCCCAAUCAGGCCCUGACUCUGUGGGGCGUCCUCAUUAAGUUUGACCUGGUGCCCUUCAGCAAGGCCUUCUACAAUGUCCAGGCGUACGCUUUUCCGCUGACUGUGUGCUUGGCCCACACAAACAGCUGCCUCAACCCGGUGCUCUAUUGUCUGAUCCGCCACGAAUUCCGUGCCGGACUCAAAGAGCUGUUGCUGAGGGCCACGCCGUCCUACCGAAGCUUUGCUCGACUGCUCCCCCGCAAGGCAAAGGUGGCCGAGGCGCCUCCUGUACUGGUUCUCGUGCAGAUGGAUGUUUGACGUCGUUCAGAGAAAAUAAGUUCAUAUUUGCUUUUGAUUGACAGGACGAAGCAGGCGUGAGAAAGGUCCUUUGGGAGCUGCCCCACUUUCCUUUCCUCUCAUUCAGAAACACUUGAGCAUUUGUCUUUCUCCUCUAACUUCCGCCGUACCUUUUAAUGCGCAACUGUUUCACAUGCACCUCUGGUCAUCAGAACCACUGGGAAAUUCUGGACCCAUUCACCUGCUUUGCUUUGCUGCAUAUUAGUAGCACGGCUUGAGGAUUUUUCCCCAAGACAUUCUUCAAGGGAGUGAUAAAUUAUCCAUAUGUGUUUUUUCAGCUUUUGAAAAAAGAAGAAGAAGAACAACAACAACACAAAAAAACUGGGUUCAGCCCUUUUCUUAUUUCAUGAGAUAUAAAAAGGGGGAUCAGUAGUUAAUCCAUCAGUCAUUCAAUACAUUGUCAAUUAUAAAUUUACUUGCAGUUGUGUAGAUAUAAUGAAGGUUCACACCUUUUGAUUUGUCUUUCAGUGUAUUUAAAUCUUGUACAUAAGAAAAACUAAACUAAUAAAAUACCUACCUUUGUG